AUGCGAGAAAUGAAUGUACUGUAUGAUAUCAUAGUUGAAAAUCCUUCCAAAAUUAACGAAACAAUAUUCGAGGCUGUCGAAACUCCCCUCGCAGCAUCCACUCCAAAAAGGAAACCUUCCUGGAGCGACUUAGAACAGAGUGUUUUAAUUGAAUUUGUUUCAAAAAAUGAGCAGAAACUUUUUGGAAAGUUUAAAGGACCGGGGAGGGGAAAAGUAGAGAGAGAAGCUGCCUGGGAGGAUGUAGCAAGAGCUGUAAACGAAUUAGGUAUUUACUUUCGGACAGGGAAGGAGGCAUCAAAGCAGUAUGCCAAUUUGAAAGCCAGAGCAAAGUACAAACUGUCCCAAAUUAUAAGACCCAACACAGGUGGAGGUCCAAAGCCCCCAUCACCAACCCCUGUUGAGCAAGCCAUGUUGGAUACUUUGGAGGGAAGGCCGUCCUUGCAGGGAUUAGACUCAGGUUUUGAUUCUGGUGAAUUAGAGAAGGAAAGGGGUCAGGUGGCAUCCAUCUCAACAUGCAGCGAGGGUCAAGAUUCAUCUUCAGACACGUACACCUCAGUGCCACCUCGCUCUAAUAAAGAAAACAAAAAGGAACAGAGUUUAUUGAUUCUACAGAAAGAUCUUCUCAAGACAGAAAAGAGAAAGUUAGAGUUAGAAAUGGAGCUGAUGCAUUUGAAGAAAAAGAAGAUGUUAGAAGAAGUUGAAGUUUUAAGUCUAGAAAAAGAGAAGCUAAAAGAAGAGAUAUUGUUAUUGAAGUUGAAAAAGAAUUAA